UUUCACUAUUAUCAUUGUCAUUUCAUCAUCUUAAUCUAUAGCCACAAAAAUCCUUUUCAUAUUAUAUAUUUCCUCUAUCAAGUGCAAAAUAUAUACCCGAAGAAGUCACAGAUCUUCUGCAUUAAACAUUUCAAUAUUUGAUAUCAAUUUCCUAUUCUCAGUUCUUGCAUUUUCUUUUUUACGUUCACAAAGGCUGACAUGUUGAAUACAGUUUCCGCCACGUGGUCACGGUGGUGGAGUGCUAGCAACGACAAAGAUGAACUUUCUAGAGCAAAUCUCACUGCUUUAGUCUCUAUAUUCGCGGUGUUGUUCUGGUUCUUAUGGGCAGCCAAGAAAUCAAGAAAGCCUCCAUUGCCACCAGGUCCACGUGGCUUGCCACUACUUGGGUACCUUCCCUUUCUAGGUACCAACCUUCAUAGGAAAUUUGAGGAACUGGCAGGGCUCUAUGGACCUAUCUACAAGGUUUGGCUUGGACAAAAAUUAUGUGUCGUGAUAAGUUCACCAUCACUGGUGAAAGAAGUGGUUCGUGACCAAGACAGAAUAUUCGCCAACCGUGACCCUCCCAUAGCUGCACGAGUUGCCACAUAUGGGGGAGCUGAUAUUGCAUUUUCAUCGUAUGGUCCUGAUUGGAAGAAGUUGCGUAAGAUUUUUGUGCGAGAAAUGCUGAGUAAUUCAAAUCUUGAUGGUUCUUACACCCUACGAAGGGAAGAAGUAAAAAAGUCUAUUAGAAAUGUGUAUGACAAAAUAGGCACUCCCAUAGAUCUCGGGCUAUUGGCAUUUGUGACUGCAGUAAACGCGGUCAUGAACAUGGUGUGGGGUGACUCGCUACAAGGAGAGGAAGGGACUAAAAUUGGAGCUGAGUUUAAAAGAUUAGUGGGGGAACAGAUGGUGCUAAUGGGAAAACCAAAUGUCUCGGACUUUUUCCCAGGGCUUGCAAUGUUUGAUUUACAAGGGAUUGAGAGAAAAGGAAAGAGGAUUGUGCAAUGGAUUGAGCGCAUUCUUGAUUCAGCCAUUGAAAAAAGGAUGAAUUCUAACACAGGCAAAAAUGAGGGGACUGGACAGAUGGAACAAAGGAAGGACUUCUUGCAACUUCUCUUGGAGUUAAGGGAACAAGAUGGUGCUGCAACAUCAAUUAGCAUGAGGCAAGUGAAGGCCAUGCUUAUGGACAUAUUGGUGGGUGGAACUGAUACCACAUCAACCAUGGUGGAAUGGGUGAUGGCAGAGCUGAUGCAGCAUCCAGAGGCAAUGAGGAAAGUCAAUGAAGAGUUAACAGAAUUUGUGGGUUUGGAUAGCUUAGUUGAAGAAUCCCAUUUUCCCAAAUUACACUAUUUAGAUGCUGUCAUUAAAGAGACGUUCCGCUUGCACCCCGCGCUUCCCCUCCUACUGCCUCGUUGUCCAAGCCAAUCUAGCACUGUUGGUGGGUACUACAUACCCAAAGGUUGUAUGGUUUGGUUAAAUGUUUGGGCGAUACAUAGGGACCCAAAGAUUUGGGAGAAUCCAUUGGAAUUUCAACCAGAAAGGUUCCUAAAUGAGUCAAGCAAUUUGGAUUAUUUUGGCAACAGUUUUAAUUAUAUUCCAUUUGGAUCUGGGAGAAGAAUAUGUGCAGGGCUUCCAUUAGCAGAAAAAACUCUGAUGUACAUCUUAGCUUCGCUCUUGCAUUCAUUUGAGUGGAAAUUGCCACAUGGUACAGAGUUGGAAUUUUCUGACAAUUUUGGUAUCGUUACCAAAAAAUUGAACCCAACAGUUGCUGUUCCAACACCAAGGUUAUCCAACUUUGAGCUCUACACAAAAUAAAAUUCUGUAUUGUAGUUACUUUCUUUUUUAAGUCAACAUGUCAUGUAAGAUGUUUCUAUUUUUCUAGUCUAAAUAAAGCUGAUAUGCUUGUCCUU